AUGGCUGAACGGUGCGUCAACGAACAGGUAUCCGCAGCGAGUACUGAUAGGAAGACUUCGUCAACGGCCGGUAAACCACUAUGCUGGCAACACCGGUUGUUUGGCAAGCAGCUCGCGCGUUGCAGUUACGUUAAUGACACGAGGAAGUCAAUCGACUCGGCGGCCGCCACUCUCGUCCACGAGGACGGCCGUCCGUCCUGCGAGAUCGUCGGCAUGUACUUCAGCUUCGUGAAUCCCGGUGCGACCUGCGACGACUUCACUCGUCAACUAGUUGAGCUUUACGCGAGUGUCAACAGCGGAGGAGGUGAUAGCGGCGAGAAGAAAAAGAAAUUCGAGGUGGUGCACGUGGUCCUCUGGAGUAACGUAACCGAGGUAUUCGACUUUGACGAGAGCUUUCGCGCCCACGUAGCCGAUCUACCUUGGCUCGCCGUGCCGAAUCGCGACUACGAGAGAAAAACCAGAUUGACUCGAAGAUAUCGGAUAAAGGCGGGCGUACCGACGUUGAUUUUAUUGGAAGCGUCCAAUGGGUCCAUUGUGACAAGAGGAGGAGUUGAGCGAACUAUCGCCGAUCCUAUCGGUGCGGAAUUCCCUUGGAGACCUCCACAUCCGAAAGCUGCUCUUGAGGAUGGACCUCUUCUAUCGUGCGGCGCACGUGAUAGUAAUGAGCCUAUGUUGCACGAGGAGCUUCGCCAUUGUUUCAAGGGGAUUUACUUCAGUGCACAUUGGUGUCCGCCUUGUAAAGCAUUUACCCCACAGCUCGUGGAUACGUACCAACGAAUUCAAGAGAGAGGCCAUGAUUUUGAAGUAAUUUUCGUGAGUUCGGACAGGAGUGAGGAUUCCUACAAUGCAUACACGGAAACAAUGCCUUGGUUGAGGAUACCUUUUAAUCAAGAAGAAAGACGUCGAAAAUUGGCAAGAGCUUUCGACGUUCAGGCAAUACCUACUCUGGUCAUUCUAGAUCCUCGCGACAAUAUAAUUACUCUGGAUGGGCGCGCCGAGUUAAUUGAGGAUCCAGAGGGACUGAAUUUUCCUUGGAGCAGUAGAUUAGUGAAUAUUUUAACAGAAAAGUAUGCUACGUCGUUACACGAUGCUCCAGCUAUUAUCUUAUUUGUCGAGGGAGAAGAUUGUGAGAUUCAAUUUGGAGAAAGCGUAUUACUACCAGCUGCACAAGCGUAUAGAAGAGAUCAACCCGAUUAUGAUCUAAAUUAUGAUGAUCCUGAUGACGAUUCUUUGCAGUUUUACAUAGCUUUAGACUGUGAAACAUCGGAUAUUCUUCGUGAAUUCAUUGGUUUGGAUGAUGCAGUACCUCUUUUAACCGCUAUUGACAUUCCGCGAGGGUUGUAUGUCGUAAUGGAAUAUGGUGCCGAGAUUACCGUGGACUCUGUACAACAGUUCAUUGAUAGAUUUCUCAAUAACAAACUGCCGAUAAAUAAAAUAGCGGCAGUGCAUAAAACAUCAAAAAUAAACGAACAUAUGCCGGCCUAAAGUCAUAUAAAACAUUAAUU